AUGCGGUUUUCAACUCUCAUUCCCCUCCUCCUCGCGGCAGGUGUCGCCAAUGCCCAACGCAACAACGGCCGCCAGAACAACGGUGGCAACAACAAUGGCGGCAACAACAACAACGGUGGCAACAACAACAACGGUGGCAACAACAAUGGCGGUAACAACAACAACAACAACAACAACAACAACAACCAACUUUGCCUUAACCCGGACAAUGUUCAGGAUGCUAGUAAAACCAAUGGACUUGCAGGCACAGAGGAAGCGGGACAGGCUGCUUCCGUCACCGAUAAUGCCAACUUCAUCAACUUCUGUCAAGGCAAGACUAAGACCAACGGUCUUCAGGUCAAAGAAGGUUCUUGCAACGGCAUUGUCUACGGAGAUAUCCCUUCUGUCAAUAACAUGAUCUCGACUGUCUUUGUCAACCCCAAGAAUGGUGACACUGUUCAACCUAACCAGGCAAUCACAUUCGCCGUCAAGUCCACCAACCUGGAAGCUGGCUCGUUUACGAACCCCGACACCACUUACUACGCUGCUCCCCAGGCUCUGAAGGGCGGAAAAAUUGUUGGCCACACUCAUAUCACUGUCCAGGACCUGAAUGGCGACAUCAACACCGAGAACCCUCCUGAUCCACAGACAUUUGCUUUCUUUAAGGGUAUCAACACCGCUGCCAACGGCCAGGGUCAACUUACUGCCGCCCUUGCUGACGGUCUUCCUGCUGGCGUCUACCGUGCCUGCACUCUUACUUCCUCCAGCAACCAUGCGCCUGUUAUCAUGCCCGUUGCUCAGCGUGGCGGACAGGAUGACUGUGUAAGGUUCACUGUUGGUGGCAACGGCGGCGGCAACAACAACGGCGGUAACAACAACGGUCAGAACAACGGCGGUAACAACAACGGUCAGAACAACGGCGGUAACAACAACGGCCAGAACAAUGGUCAGAACAAGGGUCAGAACGGCGGCCAGGGCCAAGGUGGUCAAGGAGGCCAAGGUGGCUUCGGUGGACGUCGUGGCCGCGGUCGUGGUCGUGGACGCUUCUCCCGCCGCCACUACAUCGCAUAAAUGGCUCCAUUCACAACUACACGCCGAACGGAUUUGACAAGAGUGUAGAAGUCACGCAUGAUUAGGGGGGUUGGCAACAACACAGUGAGGUUUGGGGUUUUAAGGGCGGUUUUACGCCGUUAUAAUGGAUGGCUUUUUAUUCUUGAAAACACACACAACGGGAACCAAAUCUUUUAUCAAUUGGUUAAGUUAUAAGCAAUCACACAGUAACAACACACAUACACGUAUGGGAUGAUGGUUGAGGGGGGUUAAAGAGCAAAGGAGGGCCAAAGGAGAGGAAAGAGAGAAAGAUGUCAAUACUCUGCGGAGAUUGAAGCAAAGGCGCUUCAUAGGACUGGUUCUAAAGGUUGCGCGAGCGGGCGAGAGAGAAAUCUUUUCUUUGUUUUAUUCUUU